AUGAUAGAACAAUUAAGGAAACUGAAAAAAGGGACAGUACAGGAAGAAAAUGGAAUAGAGAACGAAGCAUGGAGGUUAAUGCCGAAAGAGACAGGGGAAGUAUUGUUUAAAUUGUUGACCAAAAUCUGGAAGGAAGGAGAAAUACUGAAGGAGUGGAUUAAAGGGAAAUACCAUCACGAGUUAAUUCUUCAAUGUCAACGGAAAAACAGGAAUGUGAACGCCACUUCCAAAAAACUCAUAGUCGCGAUGAGCAAAGACGCUACAAGACUACCAUUCAAGGGUAAUAUUGCUAAAUUAGGCGAUUCUCGAAGAAAGGUCCAAAUGAUUAAAAGCUUUUCGAGAAAAUUUGCUUCAGAUCCAUCAUAUACACAAUCCUAUUCUGAGUUCAUAAAUGAGUAUGAAAAAUUGCAACACCUGAAACUCGUACAAGAAGGCUCUAUAAACUCGGAAUCCCAUCAUCACUACUAUCUUCCUCACCACGGAGUCGUUCGUGAACGCAGCCUACAGUUUUGUUGUGUAUUCUCUUUGGACAUUGAAAAGAUGUAUAGACAAAUCAAGAUCAACUCAGAAGAUUGGGACUUCCAACGAAUCCUGUGGAUUAAUCAAUCCAACGACAUCAUUACCUAUCAAUUAACAACAGUAACUUAUGAACUAGCUUAUGCAUCAUUCAUUGCACUUCGAACAUUGAAGCAAUUAGUUGACGAAGGAGAUAAAUUUCCACUUGCCAUUCAAGUCUUAACCAAGGAACGCUAUGUCGAUGAUUUAUUCGGAGGAUCUGACACCAUUCAGCAAGCGAAAAAUAUAAUCAAGGACGUUAAUCAGCUCUGGCGGUUGCCACUUACAAAGAAGAUAACUAAACGAGCAAUUCUUUCAACCAUUGCCAAAUUAUUUGAUCCGCUCGAACUACUCUCACCAGUCAUUAUCAAGGCAAAAAUCAUUAUUCAGGAGCUAUGGUCUGUCAAACUCGCUUGGGAUGACCCGCUACCUUCUCCCAUGUCUAAUCGAUGGACUGUCUUUGUCGAACAACUUCAAGAAAUGCCAAGCCUAAGCUUUCCACGUUGGUUAGAUUAUAAAUCGGAUCAUCACAUCGAACUAUACGGAUUCUGUGACGCUUCUCAACAAACUAUGUCUGCAGUAAUCUAUCUACGAUCGACCUCAACAGAAGGAGAAGUACAAACUAAUAUAAUCUGUUCGACCAAAACGAAGGUAGCGCUCUUGAAAAGAAUCACAAUCCCACGUCUGAAGCUUUCAGGAGCUGUGCUCCUUACCAAAUUAACCUCUCACAUAAUACGGAUCUUAGAGCUUGACAACGUUCCAGUACAUCUCUGGACCGAUUCGUCAAUCACUUACACCUGGAUAAAUAAUCAUCCUAACCUAAGCAUCCUUCAUGCUGGAAAGAUUUCAUGCAUAACAGAAUUUGUUAUAUUCAAGAAACGGUAUUUCAAGCUAUUUGGCACUUUGUUCCAGGUCAUGAAAAUCUCGCUGACCUCGCUGUCAAUGUGGCCAAAGGAACCUCAGGCAAUUUCCUCUAAAUACAACUUAGAAGAACAACAAGUUCGAGUCUCCACUAUCAAUACUAAUCACGCUAUAGAACCGUGGAACCUUCUUAAUAGAUAUUCAGAUUUAAAUCGACUUCUGCGUAUAACCGCAGUAAUACAACAAUAUCAUUUCCAACAAGAAAUCAAGACACUUUCGAAAAGACAACCUUUGCCUAAAUCAAAUUCUCUUCUCAAGCUUACCUUUCAUAGAAGGACUUUCUCUGAAGGACUAUUAAGAAUCGGAGGUCGACUUAAAUUACCUUCGAGCGCUAAACAUCCUUUAAUUCUUCCAAAGAAGUCCACACUAACUCAACUUAUAAUUGCUGACGCUCAUCUACGUACAAUGCAUGGAGGAACUCAACUCACUCUCUCCUUUAUCAGAAAUAACUACUGGAUAAUUGGAAGUCGAACUCCUGUACGAUCUCACAUUCUAAAAUGCGUACGAUGUGCUCGAUCGACAAACGAGAGCACAACAAAUAUGGGACAGCUUCAAGUGGAAAAACUAACAUCUUCUCGCCCGUUUCUAAAAACCCGUAUCGAACUUGUAACUGACUAUACUACGGAUGCAUUCAUAGCCGCGUACAAACGAUUUACAGCUAGAAGAAGAAUUUGCGCUACGCUUAUGAGUGAUUGCGGAACAAACCUCAAAGGAACAGAUUCGGAACUAAAAAACCUAUUUUCGAUAGCUUUCAAAGAACUCGGCAAUCUAGCAGCAAUAUUGGCCAAGGAUGGUACUCAAUGGAAAUUCAAUCCUGUUUUCGCUCCUCACUUUGGCGGGAAAUGGGAGGCAGGAAUUAAAUCAGUAAAGUAUUAUCUCAAGCGAAUUAUCGGCGAUGCACUACUCGCAUAUGAAGAAAUAUCGACAUUACUAACACAGAUUGAAGCCGUUCUCAAUUCUCAACCACUGAGCUCUCUCUCUGACAAUCCGGAAGAUCUUAAUGCAUUAAUUCCCGCUCAUUUUUUAAUUGGAAGUGCGGCAGUAAUCAUACCAGAGCCAUCGCUCGAAACCAUCAAAAGUUCACGGCUUUCUCGAUGGCAAUUACUACAACAAAUGUUGGACAAUUUCUGGAGGAAUGAGAUUUGGAAUUCGAAGAGCAAUAACUCAAGGACGGAUUCUCAUUGCUCAUAUAUGUUUAUUGGCAAGACAUUAUCGAAAGCAUUCGACUAUACUGAAGCGAGCAUGUGGGCUUCUGAUCAGCAUGCUGAUUACUCUCUUGUUCAAGUUUUGUGA